GAAAUCCCAGCUGGCCCAGUGGGAGUGGGACUACCGUGCUGGGCGAGAUGCGGGGCAAGGACGAUGAGUACGAUUACCUCUUCAAAGUUGUGCUCAUCGGGGACUCCGGGGUGGGGAAGAGCAACCUCUUGUCACGCUUCACCCGCAACGAGUUCAACCUGGAGAGCAAGAGCACCAUCGGGGUGGAAUUUGCCACGAGGAGCAUCCAGGUGGACAACAAGACGGUGAAGGCUCAGAUCUGGGACACGGCGGGGCAGGAGCGGUACCGAGCCAUCACCUCAGCGUACUACCGGGGGGCCGUGGGAGCUCUGCUCGUCUACGACAUCGCCAAGUACCUGACGUACGAGAACGCCGAGCGCUGGCUGAAGGAGCUGCAGGACCACGCUGACGCCAACAUCGUCAUCAUGCUGGUGGGCAACAAGAGCGACCUGCGGCACCUGCGGGCCGUGCCCACCGACGAGGCCAGGAGCUUCGCAGAGAAGAACGGGCUGUCCUUCCUUGAGACGUCUGCUCUGGACUCCACCAACGUGGAGACGGCUUUCCACAACAUCCUCUCGGAGAUCUACCGCAUCGUGUCCCAGAGGCAGAUCACUGGGCAGCCGGAGUCGGAGUUCGGCCCCAGCACCACCAUCGAGCCCAUCCGGGUGCUGCCCACGCAGCAGGAGGGCCGGCAGACCCCCUGCUGCCAGAACAUCUGAGCCCCUGGGCUGCCCCCACCGCCCAGCACGUGGUGGCAUCAUGUGUCCCACCCUCUGCCUUUGCUCCCUGCAGCCCCCUGAGCAGGGCGGGCUGGCAGCUGCUUUUGAUGUGCACAACCUCACGCUGCCCUGUAUUUAUGUAGGACCUACAAAAAUGGUGGGGGGAGGGUAGGCAAAGCAUCAGGGUGUCUCCCCUCUCUCCCCAUAGCUGGGGACAUGCCAUCCCCUGUGUCCCUGCUGCCUCUAGCCCUGCAG